UUUUGCCAUUAUUAUUUAAUAAUGUCUGAAGAAUCAAUUGUUAGCACAGAAAAUGGAGUCGUCGAGGCUGAAGAAAAUGUUCAGGAGCCGGCUUUGUAUAAUUAUGUUUUGACUGAGGAACAAAAACAACGAAAAAUUAAAUGCGUCACGUGGGAUGAUAAAGUUGUUGAGGUUGAAUGGCAUCUGAUGAUGCAAUGUGGAGCUUUUGUCCUGCUUUGGGAAAGUUUAAAUUUGGAAGAUUCUGUGAAUUCUGACGCUUUGGACUGCUUUCAUUUCCCACUCAAUGAAAUUACCGAAGAGUGCUUUGUUAAAGUUGUUGAAUGGCUACGUAAUCAUCAAGGCCAGGGACCAAUUGAAAUUAAGUAUGACCAUAUAACUGGCGAGCGCAAAUGGUUCCAUUUGACUGAUUGGGAGAAAAAUUUUUUUGAAAUUGAUGAUUUCGAGUUUUUGAAGGAAAUUUAUUUGGCCUCCAAUUUCUUGGAUGUCAAAUCUUUAUAUUAUUAUUGUGCACAGGAGGCUGCAAGGGUUAUUAUGGAUAAGUCAGCAAGUGAGAUUCGAGAGCUUUUGUGCCUUCCUGAUGAUUUAACUGAUGACGAAAAGAGGGAGAUAGCAAGGCAGUAUGAGUACCGCGAGAGUCCGCCACCUGCCCCGGUGGUGGACUCUCGCGGUAUGGAGAUGGACGAGCACGAUUUGGUUGGGACCUCGUCUUCUUUUAUUCCGCAAAGCUCAUCAACCUCAAAUGUUGUUUAUGCUGAUGUGUCUGCUGAUAAGAAAGAGGUGAAUAUUAAUUUGGAUGGACCCGGAAGUAGUGGGUCUUCUUAAAUUGAUUUAAUUGUUAAUUUAUUUUUGGGGACUUUUAUUUAUUUUUAUGCCACACCCCUUUGGAUUAGGAAAAUUCUGAGAAAGUUUUGUUGGAAAAAUAGGGAAAUUUGAUUUUAAGAAGUUCUGUCCCCUUUUUUGAGUCUUUUAGGGAAAGGGGAAAGUUUGCCAUUCGAUAUAAGACCUCAUACAUUGCUGUUGGAAAGUGAUAUCCGUUUUGUUGCAAAAUGACAUUAGGACAAGUUUUGGAAGGUUAAGUGUUGUUGUCCUUCCCGAAAUCGAAGAGAAAGUAGAGGGGUGUGGUAUAAAGGCAAAUAAAAGUACCAGAGACCGGAUUGGGAGGGUCGUACGAAAAUCGAGAUCGAUAUCUUUUUAAAAAAUCUCAACUUAAUAACCUGGAUUUUUGUUCGAUAUCUCGUCUCGGUUCGAUCUCUAAUAUAAAUAUUUGUAGCUUAUUUUUAAAAAAUCUCUUGUUUUUCAUAUUUAAAGUUGUU